GCCCCUCCUGACUUCAGGGAGGAGAAGGCUGAUUAAACGACACUUUUAUGGCACUGUCAUGUUUCACUGCACAGUCCGCAGCAGUCCACAAACUCGGGACCUUUUGACGCAUUCGUUUCAUGGAAGCUCCCAAACUCUUUUUGCUAGUACAAACUCCACUCGCGCUAUCCUUACAAGGCUAAGUAACGUAACGUUACUAAUGCUGUUUUAUGGGUGACUUUAAGUUUGCUAUCUCGUGAAACAUGCAUUUACGCACGGUCCUUGAUGUUAACGUAGUGGAUGUACAGAAGAGGAGGAACCCAUCCAAGCACUAUGUUUACCUCAUCAACGUGACCUACUCCGACUCCACUUCUCAUGUCAUCUACAGGAGAUACAGCAAGUUCUUUGACCUUCAGAUGCGAAUUCUGGACAAAUUCCCAAUUGAAGGAGGGCAGAAAGACCCAAAGAAGAGGAUUAUUCCCUUUCUACCAGGCAAAGUUUUAUUUCGGCGCAGUCACAUAAGAGAUGUUGCAGUGCGAAGACUCAAGCACCUGGAUAACUACUGCAAGGCUCUGCUCAAACUCCCAUCACAAAUCUCCCAAAGCGAAGAGGUGCUGACUUUCUUCGAGACCAAAGCUGAAGACCUCAACCCUCCUGUAGAAGACUGCGGAGGAUCUGGCAGACGAAAAUCAGGUCUGGACUCCUCCGACCCCAUGCUCCUGGAACAAUAUGUGGUGGUGGCCAACUAUGAGAAACAAGAGCCUUCAGAGAUCAGCCUCCAGGCAGGCGAGGUGGUUGACGUCAUCGAGAAGAGCGAGAGUGGUUGGUGGUUCGUGAGCACCGCAGAGGAGCAGGGCUGGGUCCCCGCCACCUAUCUGAACUCCCACAGCGGCACUCGUGAUGACCUGGAGCUGGGUGCUUCGAAAUCUGGAGAAGUCCCAAAGAGGCACAAGGCCCAUCUGAAGAGGCUGGACCGGAGGUGGACUCUGGGCGGGGUCAUCAGCAGGCAGCAGAGCCGAGAGGAGAAGUACGUUACGGUGCAGGCCUACUCCAGUCAGGGCAAAGAUGAAAUUGCUUUUGAGAAAGGGGUCAUUGUGGAAGUCAUUCAAAAAAACCUCGAAGGCUGGUGGUUCAUCAGAUAUCAGGACAAAGAGGGUUGGGCUCCAGCGUCUUACCUAAAGAAAGUGAAAGAUGACUUCAGUCCACGCAGCAAGAAGCCAGUUACGGGUCCAGUGGAGAUCAUCGGUAACAUCAUGGAAAUUAGCAACCUGCUCAACAAAAAGACCUCCAGUGAGAAGGACAUCCAGACUGAAGGGGUCCCAGAGAGCCCCCAGGUGGCCAAGAAGGAGAUCAGCCUCCCCAUGCCCUGUCCCGAGUCCAGCCCCAGCAACAGCCAGUCAGAGUCCAAGAACAAAACAGAGCCAGCCUCACCUGCUGUAGCUCGCAUCGCUCCUCAUCGGGUGGAGAUAGGGUCUCCAGUUCUCAGGCAAAAACCUCCCCCACGAAGAGACGCCACAUUGGGUUUCCAGCUGCCCUCCCCACCAGAGGCCCCUACAGUUGAAGCUGAGUACUACACCAUUGCAGAUUUCCAGUCUUGUAUAUCAGAUGGCAUCAGUUUCAAUGGAGGACAGAAAGCAGAUGUGAUUGAAAAGAAUUCUGGGGGCUGGUGGUAUGUCCAGAUUGGAGAAAAAGAAGGGUGGGCCCCAUGUUCGUACAUUGACAAACGCAAAAAGCCCAAUCUGAACCGCAGAACAAGCACCCUGUGUCGCCCCAAAGUUCCUCCCCCUGCUCCCCCUGUCAAAAAGCAAGAUUCAGUGGAGACUGCACCCCCGAGCAGUCCUGGGUCUGAAGCUCCAGAGUCCCCUGUAUCUCCAAGCAGACCUGUCUAUGAGGAACCAGAAUACGAUGUCCCUGCUAUUGGCGAUUUAGAUCUUGAGUCGGAGUUUGAGUUUCUGAGAGGAGAAGGAUCUCUCGUGGAUACAAAAUUGGAGGACACUUCUUCUGAAAGAGGAUCUCAACUUUCGUCCAAGCCCUCCCCAGCAUCUUCUCUUCACAGUGCCUCCUUCAAAAUGGGAGAGUCGUUUGAAGAUAGCCAAGAGACCGAAGCGGAGAAAGAGUGUAUCUAUGAGAAUGAUGGUUUUUGGCCCUUCAGAGAGACCCCAGAACGCCAGUGCAGUCGGGAAUCGAAUUCCUCCAAGACAAGUGUUUUGUCUGAUUCUGGCAAGACCGCUUCUAACCUUUCACCAGGAGGAUGGAGACCUGCGGGCAGCAAACUCAAAAUCGAUUUAAAUGGGAGCUCCUUUGCCAAAUCUGAAGAUAUGCCCAGCCCAAAAUCAGCUUCAACAGAGUCCACGCCAAAGAAAGAUAAAGAUGAAAACAAGGAGUCCCCUUCGACUAAGGCGUCUGCCAAACUCAAACCAGUGGUGAGGCCUAAACCUCAUAUGGCCAAAUCCCAGAGUGCUGAGAAAAUGGAUAUCAGUACUUUGAGAAGACAGCUGCGUCCAACAGGGCAACUCAAAAAUGGCAACAAAACAUCCAAAGGUGAAGAUUCUGAGACUGCUUCUGUGGUUUCAUCUGAGGAUUCCUUCUCCUCUCAAAGUACGUCUGAUCUUUCCUCUAACUACUCCAAAGGAAGCCGGGGUGACUCUGACCUGGAAGGGUGCAUGCAAUAUCGCACAACAGACCCCUAUGAAAAAGUGCAAGAGUCUGAGCUCAGCUUCCCUGCUGGAGUGGAGGUCGAAGUGUUGGAAAAGCAGGAGAGUGGUUGGUGGUACAUCCGUUGGGGCGACAAUGAAGGUUGGGCUCCCACCUACUACCUGGAACCAGUCAGACAACAAGACGAAAUGGUGGGAUCAGAAUCAGAUGGCUCUCCCACAAAAAGUCUCAGCAAGUCCAACAGUCUAGAGAAGAAUGAGCAAAGAGUCCAAGCUUUGAACAACAUCAACCAAAACUUAAAGAAAGUCACUCCACCUAUUCCAUCUAAACCUCCAGGUGGCUUCACCAAACCUUUAGGCUUGUUUGGCGCAUCCAAAAAACAAAACAGCACCAAGCAGCAGCAGGUGGUCAGGCCUCAGUCUGUUUUCAUAUCCGCCCCCAUCAUGGAUGGCCCCAGCCCUGUCAGCUCCCUAAGAAGAAAUGAGUCCUUGAAUUCUACAGACCACCCUCGUGUCAGCCCCACAGUUCGUCGGAAUGCUUCAUUCGGCACUGUUCCUCGGAAUCUCACCCCAAAUAAUAUCACACUUCCGAGCAGAUACAGGUCAGGAAAUGGGAGCUCUGAAUCUCUGAGCCACAGCUCUCAGAAGAACGCUGUGCCCAUUUCUACCGUUAAACCUAAACCGCACAUCAUCCACAACAAUCUAAGGGAUGUGUAUGUGUCUAUUGCGGAUUACCAUGGCGACGAGGAAACCAUGGGUUUUCCCGAGGGCACAUCUUUGGAAGUUCUGGAACGGAAUCCGAACGGUUGGUGGUACUGCAAAGUUCUGGACAAUGGCCGACCAAGGAAAGGAUGGGUCCCCUCAAAUUACCUCGAGAAGAAGCACUAGCACUCAUGUAUGGAGCUGGAAGAACUCUUUUAACAUGCGUGUAAAGACUACUUUAACAGAUUCAUUUAUUUUAUGAAGACCAUUAAAUGUGUUAAAUACGGAUUCUGUCCCGGUACCUGUGCCAAAGCGAUCAGCCAGAUCAGAUUAUGAGUGUUAAUGAAGUGGGACGUCUGGUAAAGUGCAGUGAUAGUGAUGAAGGCCACAGAAGUUAUGUCGGAGCAUGUUGGGACAAGCCAAAGAGAAAAGCAGAAAGUGGGGAUGGAUGCUGUCAUCAGGCUAACCUUAACUUGAAACAAGAUGUCUGAAAAUGUUUUUAUGUACAACUUUUAAUGUCUGUCCUUUUAUAAAGUUGUUAAGGCAUUUAAAACUUUCUGCAUGUUUGAAAGGAUCCAUUAUACUGACUAUGCCUAGGGCUGUUAAACUAAGCAAUUUUCUACUCCUUUUUAUGAAGACAUCUAAAUGUUGCCAAAGCUUUUCGUGCUAGUCUCGAGUGACGCUUGUUUGCAUGUUUUUAUAUUCCUGUCCUUAUGUGAUAUAUUUUACCCAUUUAUGUGUCCGCUAUCAAUGUAAUGAAACAAACUGAGCAUCCCUAAACUGUGGCAGUAUUUUCAUCAAAUCGACCAAAUCUUUGGGUCUUUCAUUUCAGCAACUAUUUAUUCUCAAUUCUCUAAUGACAUAACACAUUAGAGAGACUUUUAAUAGUCAAAACUAUAUCCUAUAAUAUUUUGAAAUUUCUGCUGGGCAGUAAAUUUGACAAACAUUACUCUUUGAGCUGCUGCAGUAAUUGUGAUGCUUGUUUUUGUUUCCUGUUAACUGUGUGACCAAAGAUGUUAACAGAGGUGCCUAAAGAACCAAAUAAAUAAAUGCACUUUUUAAGUACCUAUAA